UGGCACAUUUUCUCUCGUAGCUCUCUACGUGACCAUCAGUUUUUUUACGAGAUCAGUACAAUUGAAGCAUACAGCAAACUUCACGACUACUCAUUCGUUAUCGUGACAAUAGGAAACGAUUCUUCCUCGGACGCUCGCUGUUCGUCAGUUAGAUCUAUAUACUUCAGAAGACACUGCAUCGUAGUCGAAUAUUUGAAACACUAUGACUGGAUAUUGUUCAUUGACGCUGACGUCAUGGUGGUCAAUUUCAAUCGUUGCAUCGAAGAGUUCAUUGAUGACCAAUUCGACGUUAUUCACUACGAAAGGUUCUUCAGCGCCGAGGUAGCGGCUGGAGGCUAUUUGGUCAAGAAUUCUUCAUUUGCCCAGUUCUACCUUACCAAAUGGUACGAGCGACAUGAUGAAUAUGGUGACAUGUCUUUCGUCAAUCAUGACAACGGAAUCUUGCAAAUCCACCUCUUGGCUUACGAUACAGAUGUGCCGAGAGAAGUCAUUCAGCGCUAUGAACAUCACGCUUAUAAACUUGGCAGAGUUAAACUAGUUAAGCCGAUGCACGGAUGGAUGAGAGACGGCUGGAUUACUCAUUUGAAGUGGUCUGACGAAGACUUCAUCCUGCACGGGUUAAUAACCACCGAUUUGGCUGAAUUUGCGGCUGGGUGGCAUACAGGUGGAUGGACGUUCCUUAGACUCUGUCCGUCACUGCAUAGUUUGAAGGUGACAAGUAGCGAACGUGAAGAGAUGGUGAAAACAGCAACGCGAAAAAUGAGUUUCUUCAACCCGUUCCUUUAUAAGGAACGGUCAAAAACGUAA